ACUAAGACCGCAGCGGAUCCCUCACCGCCCAGGUUAGAUUGCAGAGACGAGGAGAUCUCCAGACACGAGAGAGGGGAGGCUAUAUAGGAAGAGCAGAAAAGCAAUGCUACGGCAAGCACAGGGCUGAAAGGGAGAAGGACGCCAGAAGAGGAGACACCUGGCGAGACGCUCCGAAAGGAAGGGGGGGAAAAACCACCAAACCAAACGAGGCGGAAAAACAACAGGGUCUAAUCGCAGACUCGUGUCCUUUCUCCUAGGCGUAGCGAAGCGUCCUCUCCAAGACCGCUCCAAUGAACAUGUCAGUGUUGACUUUGCAGGAAUACGAAUUCGAGAAGCAGUUCAACGAGAAUGAAGCGAUUCAAUGGAUGCAAGAAAACUGGAAAAAAUCUUUCCUGUUUUCUGCUCUAUAUGCUGCCUUUAUAUUCGGUGGUCGGCAUCUAAUGAACAAAAGAGCAAAAUUUGAACUAAGAAAACCAUUAGUUUUGUGGUCUUUGAGUCUCGCAGUUUUCAGUAUAUUUGGUGCUCUUCGAACGGGUGCUUAUAUGGUGUAUAUAUUGAUGACCAAAGGACUGAAGCAAUCUGUUUGUGAUCAGAGUUUUUACAAUGGACCAGUCAGCAAAUUCUGGGCGUAUGCAUUUGUGCUAAGUAAAGCACCAGAAUUAGGAGAUACAAUAUUUAUUAUUCUUAGGAAACAGAAGCUCAUCUUCCUCCAUUGGUAUCACCAUAUUACAGUACUACUUUAUUCUUGGUACUCUUACAAGGACAUGGUGGCCGGUGGUGGCUGGUUUAUGACCAUGAACUAUGGAGUACAUGCAGUCAUGUACACAUAUUAUGCCUUGCGGGCUGCGGGCUUCAGAGUGUCACGCAAAUUUGCCAUGUUUAUCACCUUGUCACAGAUUACACAGAUGUUUGUGGGCUGCAUAGUCAACUACCUGGUCUUCGCCUGGAUGCAACAAGGCCAAUGCCACUCACAUGUUUACAACGUCGUUUGGUGUUCCCUCAUGUACCUCAGCUACUUUGUGCUCUUCUGUCAUUUCUUCUUUGACGCAUACAUUGGCAAAACAAGGAAAGCAAGGAAGGCUGAGUAAUGCUAGGAAUACCGCUAAGCCCCCACUCAGCUCGUCGACCAAACCAGAAACACAAAGCAAAACAAAAUGGCACAACAAAAACCAUUUAUAUGUGGUGCAAGUAAAACUCAGCAGCUGUGGACAGAUAGGUUUGUUCAAACUGAUAAAUUUAUGAUCAUGUUACGGUAAGGACUCAAGGAAUGAUCUUUAUAUCUUAGCAGGCUGCUGUAAGACAUCUUCUUUCUUGCAUCUCUUAAAAGAAGCAAUCUUGCAUUUAGAAAACAAAAGGAGAAAAAGAUCAGAAUUUUGCGAAAUAAAAUAUUAAGAAUAUGGUUUCCCCCAUCAUAUAGAUAACCUUUAUUUUAAAUGAAAUUUAUUAUAUUCUUUCUAACUUUUGUUUUUAAAGAUCUAAAACUUGAACGGAAUUUAAGAAGAGGAAACAAAUAGUCUGUAUCCUGUGAAAUAUUACAAAUCUGCCUUACACUGUCAGAGCAUGGUUCUUUUGAGCUCCUUCUUCUCUAUUCUGACCGGCAGCAGUUCUACUAAUCUUGGGAAAUGCCCUGCAAGUAAAGAUCCUGGUUUAUUUUAUAUACAUACAAUACACCCAAGAAUCCCAAGGAUUAAACUUUGGACAUUUCUGCAGGCAAAGUAUUUGCUCUCCAAUUGAGUUAAGGGAUCCUUCCAGUGUUUUCCAGUAUUUCUGUAAAAGUGGGGGGAAAGCUCCUUCUUGAAAAGGUUGCACUCUAGGAAGCCAAAUUAUUUUAAAAAAAGGUUCAUAUCAAAGCUCUUAUUAGGGCAGCCUUUUAAAUUCCACUGAAGCACUACAUGACGAAAAAAAUGGUAACCAUGGGUGCACAAGAGAGCAUGGGUGCCUGGGUUCAUAUAUGUUCUGUAUUAUGUUGUCAGAGGCUCUGGUAUGUCAAGUUAAAGAUUUAGAAUUAGAAUAAUCUAAAGAUUGAAAGCUUUCUUCAAAAAAUGUGUUAGAAGGCAUUGGUUCAAGCGUAUUUUGAGUCUAAAAUGUGGCCAAGAAUAAUUGUAAUAUUGAGUCAGUUAGUUACUGGAACUAUUGAUAAUAGAAAGCAGGAGGAGAGGGGGGAAAAGGGAUAGGAAAUGGCCCUUCCCAGUAAGCCAAUUUGCAGAGAUCUUUCCAGCUACUGUGCUGUGAUGCUAUUUGAGAUACAGAGGAUAUUGUUCACUCUUCAUUUGGUUGAUAUAUUGUCAUCUGAAUCACUUUAUCCACAGUUAUUUCUAUUACCCAGAAUUGUUCAAAAUAAGGGAAUGCAAAUGUUACAGUAAGGCUGGUUUUUGGAACGACGUUUCCUGCUUCCAAUGUCUUCUCUUUCUUCCUGUUGAUUCCAAUGACGGCUCACAGCUCAUAACCACAAGUCGUUGUUAAGAGAACUUGUAAUUUCUUUAUCAUAGAUCAUAAACAGAGGUACAAUUUUCAUUGGUGUAUGCAAAUUGCUUCUCCUACCAAACAAGUCUAAGGCUCCAAAACUGAGGUGGAACCAUCAUAGGGAGAAGAAAAUAGAAGCUAUCCUAAAGAUGAUAGAGCCCGAAGAUACAUCAUUAAGUGCAAUUGGAAUGAAAGGUACAAUGACAAGCAAAAAUUAGCUUUGGAGAUAUAUUAGUAUUAGAGAGAUCAGGAAACAAAUACUGUGGUAUGGUACAUAUUUUAUAUUUUUAUGAACUUCAAAGAAUAGAUAUCUGCAACUUUAAAUAGUAUUUUACAGACUGUAAAUGACUUUAGCUAACACUGUGCUUCUGUAUUUGCUUCACAAGCAAUGCAAAGAUGUUUAAAGUGCCCUCCUGUGGCCACUUAGAGAUACUACUCUAGAAGGCAGACCAUGGAAUCAUACUGCAAGCUUUGACGAGGGCAAAUCCUGAAUGGACUGGUUGUGCUGCAACAAAUUAAUGUAUAGAAAAAACUUCAUGCUCACUUUUUAAAAAACAAAUCCAUAGGAAAACUAUACUGUAGCAUCCUUGAUUGCUUAAAAAAAGACAUCUGGUUCUUCAGUCAGCUGCAGAUAAAAAGAUGCCACUCUGAACCUCAGAGAAAUAGCUGAAAAGAGCCAUAUUUUCUACAAAGAAAAAGUAGAUUGUAUUAUCUGUAAGAUUUCAGUCCUUACAAAGCCAAAUAAAAUAUAUAACAUUCCUAAUACUUCAAAGAAAAAAGUAUGUAAAUUUAAUGUUGCAAGUGUAUUAGCAUAAUGUUUUCUCAUAUCUGUUCGGUUCUUUUUAACAAUUAGAAGAACUAGAGAAAGAAUGAAAAGCUGCUAUUUUACGUAGGGAAUCAAACGUACAUGUAACUACAUAUAUAAUCCUUACAUGACUUGUCCAAAAUAAAAUUAAUGGGGCCAGGCAGAAUCACUUUUUUUUUCUAAUGGAAAAUGUUGUCCACUUUCUUACUUUAACUUCAGACUCAGAGAUUAUACUCAGACAUAGUAAUACGGUACAUAAUAAUUUGAUUUAGCUUCAACUGUGCUGUCUAUCAUUCAGGACUCAAUGUAAUAACCCUGUUAGACAUAAAGGGCUUUCAAUGUUCCAUGAUGUCCAGAAAACUGCUACAUUCUAUAUGAUUCUAUGUGAACUGUAUUUGGGGGUGGGGGCUAUGGGAUUCAGAAGCUCUCUAGGGCUUAAUCAUAACUGUGAAAAAUUGAAAAAAAAGUUUGUAGCUGUGUCAUUUAAGUUAUUGAUGUUCUGACAUUGUUAUACACUACAAGAAUAACAAAAUAUUAUAUUAAGUAGAACAUAAAAAUAUAAUAGUAAAUUAUAGGACUUAUAGGGUACAUGGGCAUUAAAUUAAAAUGUAGACAAUGUUAUUUGGGGUUGCGAGGGUAAGAAUUCUGUUCCACAGUAAACCUUCCUUUGCUUUCUGCUCCCACAACAAAUAUUUGAAGCAAAACUAAAGUGUGGAAAAGUUGUGGGAAGUAGUAGUUGGUAAUUUGCAGCUGUGCCCUUACCAUGUGUAUCUUUCAUGUCUCUCUUAAUUGUUUGCAUUAUAAGCUGAUGAUCUACUCAUUCAUGGAAAAUUUACUUUUUUAGAAGAUGGUAUUUCACAAGGGAUGCUAAGAAUUUUAUUAUUUUUUUUGCUCCCUGUAACCAAAGGAAUGGAUUACAUCAGUGAAGAUCAUUGAUUUAAAAGGGUUUUCCCCCCUGUUUUAUUCUAGUAUUAAUAAGAGUGAUAAGCAACCAUUUGCAUUCUUUUUUCAUAUGACUUAUGAGAAUGCUUUGAUAGGGCAGUUCUGAGAUAGUUGUUUAAAGGCACAAUGUCACAGAACUCAAAACAGCAUUCCAGCCUUAUUCCUCUUCCAUUAAAGCAGUUGUGGUUUACUUUUGAAAGGGAAAGUUUGUUUAUUAUUAUUAGAAAGAAAAAUGAGAAAA